AGCUGAGCACAAAAGAAUCUAGUAUUUAAUGCUGCAGACAAGAGGGAAGAGGUAUUGGUAAAGAUGGCUUUCCAGCAGCUUACAUACGGGAUCAUUGUGAUGAUCAUUCUUGUUUGCAAAGGAUGUGACUCAGAACACGCCUGUAAAAGGACUCCAAUCAACAGCAGGAUCUAUGGAGGGCAAGAUGCGUCUCCGGGGAGUUGGCCCUGGCAUGUCACCUUUACUCAUGACGGCUACGCCUUUUGUCAGGGAUCUCUGAUCACAGAUGAGUUUGUGCUGACAGGUGCUCAAUGCUCACAACAAUCUUACCUCAGUGGCGCGGUAGUGCACAUGGGUGUCCAAAACAACCAGUCAGGAUUUGGUGAAGUGACUCGGAGAAUUGCUUACAUCGCCUGCCAUCAAGACUUUAGCUAUAAUUACUAUGAGAACGACAUCUGUCUUGUGAAGCUAUCAGCUCCUGUCAACUUCACCAACUACAUCCGACCAGUCUGUUUGGCCUCAGAAAACAGCACUUUCCAUGAUGGAACUCCCAGCUGGGUGACUGGUUUUCAAUAUAACCACAACUAUUAUUAUAGUAACCCUCUGCAGGAGGUCAAUGUGUCGGUAAUUGGAAACAAUGAAUGCAGCUGCUACUACCAAAACUCCUACUACUACUACUACUACUACUACUACCGAGCAGUGAGAAAUACCACGAUGUGUGCUGGACAAGAAACUGGAUCAGGCUCUUUAUAUUAUGAAGACAAUGGGGCUGCUCUAGUGAGUAAACAAGACGCCAUCUGGGUCCAAAGUGGGAUUGCGAGUUAUGUCUAUGGUUAUUACCUGAGUCGACCUUCUAUCUACACUCGUGUGUCCCAGUACGAGGAAUGGAUCAGGGACAGAGUUACUGGCAUGGAAGCAGGCUUUGUCACCUUCACCUCCCCAGGCGAGGACAGUGACUUGAACUACACCUGUCCAACGCAGGCACCUACCACCCCCUAUAGCUAUUUCACAAGCUACCCUUACUACUUUACCACUGACGACAGCAUAUUUAGCAGUGGUGAAACUCUGAUUCCCAUCACUCACUUGGUUUCUCUCUCUGCUCUUGUUUUGCUUCUCCAUCCUUUCGUUGGCGGGGCUAGAAUCUAACUCAGGACUUCCACUCAUGCUGUACUAUUAUUAUAGUGAGCUGAGCCACACUGUACAUCUGCUUUAGUCUUCUUACACAAAUUAAGAUUCUUACAAAGCUAAUAAAGGGUGAAAUAAGUUUCAGAUUAAAAGACCAACCAUAUAACUGAAAAAGAAA